GAAUCGCUCCUAGAGUCAGCUCAAAGUACGCAUGCGUGAACAUUUCCCCAGCAGGUAAACUCUCCACCAUGGCGGCUAGAGGCCAUGUGCAGGAUCCCAACGACAGGAGACUCAGACCCAUUUACGAUUACCUUGAUAAUGGCAACAAUAAAAUGGCAAUACAGCAGGCAGAUAAACUGCUGAAGAAACACAAGGACCUGCACUGUGCCAAGGUCCUAAAGGCCAUUGGCCUCCAGAGGACUGGGAAGCAGGAUGAAGCCUUCACUUUGGCCCAGGAGGUGGCCACCCAAGAGCCCACUGAUGACAACUCGCUACAAGCUCUGACUAUUCUCUACAGGGAGAUGCAUCGUCCGGAGUUGGUCACCAAGCUGUACGAAGCCGCCGUGAAGAAGGUUCCUCUCAGUGAGGAGUACCACUCUCACCUCUUCAUGGCGUACGCCCGCGUGGGCGAGUACAAGAAGAUGCAGCAGGCGGGAAUGGCCUUGUAUAAAAUCGUCCCCAAGAAUCCGUAUUACUUCUGGUCUGUCAUGAGUCUGGUGAUGCAGGCCAUCUCAGCACAAGAUGAAAUACUGGCCCAAACCAUGUUCCUGCCUCUGGCUGAACGCAUGGUGGAGAAAAUGGUCAAGGAGGAGAAGAUUGAAGCAGAAGCAGAGGUGCAGCUGUAUUUUAUGAUCCUGGAGCGCUUGGGAAAGUGUGUGGAGGCUCUUGAAGUGAUCAGGGGCCCACUCGGGGAGAAGCUGACCAGUGAGCUGCAGAGCAGAGAAAGCAAGUGUAUGAAGCUGUACCAGAGACUGCAGCGCUGGCCAGAGUGCAACUCCCUGGCUCACAAGCUGCUACUCAAAAACCCCGAUGAUUGGCAGUUCUAUCCGUGCUACUUUGACUCUCUCUUCCACCUGAUUGAUCAGUCGUGGAGUCCUCCUGAAGAAGGCCAACACUGUUCGGAGGGUUCGGUACAUCACACUGUGGCUGAAGUGGUGAGGUUCGUGGAGGAGAGGAUUAAAGGGGAGGACGGCAAAGACUCUCGUUCCCUCAGAGGACCCUAUUUAGCUCGCCUUGAACUAAUUCACAGACUGAGAGAAAGAGGCUGUCCUGAAGAAAGUCUGUUAGGUGAGCCUUUAGAGCUAAUGGUGCAGUUCUUUGGGAAGUUUGGAGACAAACCCUGCUGCAUCACCGACCUAAAAAUAUACCUCCAUCUGCUCCCUCCCGAACAACAUGUGCAGUUCAUUAAUUGUCUGAGCGAAGCGGUCCCACUGGGGGAGCAGGGAGAGGAGGGAUUUGCUUUUCCAGAGGACACCAAGGCGCUGCAGAGGCAUUUGUGCGUGUGUCAGCUGAGUCGAGCACUCGGGCUGCAUCACGCCCUCGACGUGGACGGGAAACUGCGGCUUAUCACGGAGCUCAAAGCUCACUACCAUCAUGGACUCAAGUUUGGGAAGACAGCUCUGAAGACAGAGCUGCAGCAUUCUGAUAUGUAUUGUCUCAUGGCAGCUCAUGUAUACAUCGACUUAUGGAAGGAGACGGAGGAAGAGAACAUGGUGUGGCAGUGUUUAGGCGUCCUCCAGGAGGGUCUGUCUCUCAGUCCCUCCAACGCCCAGUUCAAGCUGCUGCUGCUGCUCGUCUACUGUCACCUGGGAGCCUUUGAGCCCGUGGUGGACCUCUACUCCAGCCUGGAUGCAAAGCACGUACAGCACGACACCAUAGGGUUUCUGUUAACACGCUAUGCUGAGUCAUUGGGUCAGUUUGCUGCAGCCUCCCAGUCCUGUAAUUUCUCCCUCAGGUUUUUCCACUCUAACCAGAAAGAUACCUCAGAGUAUAUCAUCCAGGCGUAUAAGUAUGGAGCUUUUGAGAAAAUCCCAGAGUUCAUUGCUCUCAGGAACAGGUUGAACCAAUCGCUGCACUUUGCCCAGGUCCGCACUGAGAGGAUGCUGCUGGACCUGUUCCUCGAGGCCGAUAUUGUGUUGAGUCUGGACGAGAGUGUGAAGGCCAUGUCUUUGUCUCCAGAGGAGGAUGACAUCCCCUGGGAUAACAUGAGGGACAACCGGGACCUAACGGUUUUUACCAGCUGGGACCCUAAAGACAGAGAGCUAACCGCGGAGCACCGGCGUCGGUCUCUGGAGGAGGAGUCCGUCUGGCUGAGGUUACGCUCUCUGACGCUGCGCCUGCUCGCCUCCUUGGCCGCGCCGGGACACACGCCGUCGCAAAAGAACUCGGAGAUGGUCCACGAGAACGGAGUCGGAGACAAGAGCUCGGUCCUCGGCGGCCUGCUCGCCCAGCUCAACCAGACCCUGCAGACUGCCGCUCAGAUCACAGAGAAACGCGUGCAGUAUCCAUUCCUGGGCCCCCCCUCCACCCGCCUGGCCCCCGCCCUGUCCAGUGGGAGCUGUCAGUGCCAGGCUGCAGCCCUCCAGCUGUCUGUCCACCUGCAGGAGCUGGAGACCGUCUCCCUCGGUAAGAAGACACGGCAGAUCAAUCAUUUAGGGAAAACAAUGUAUUUAAUAAACAAUGGAACAUAAUUUAAUUUCUACUCCUUAGUGAUUCCCAACGUGGGGAAAUUACUAUUUACACUCUGUUACUACACACAGACGGUGUGCAUAGUCUUGUGGAUGGCUAGUCACUGUGCCAAGAUCCUCCGACCCCUCAAGACUAGUCUACAGAAGAAGAAGAAGAAGAAAAAGGAUACAAACACAGCUCUGCCAGCGGUGGUGUGUGGCUUCCAGGAGCUGACGGGGAGCUUGCAGGACCUGCUCACCCAGGCUUUGGACUAUAUAAAGGGGCAAGAGACUGGCGUGACGGCCCUUAAACUGGCCGGUUUAAGCUUGGAAGGACACACGGAGGAGGAGGCGGCGUUUAUGAAGGCUGCUAUGGACAAGGUGCAGAGCAGUUACCUGCGCUCCCUACAGGAGGUGGGAGAUCUGCUCAGGAAGAGAGCAGAAACUAUAAAGAACCUCAAGAUCUGAACACCAUCCCACACCCGCUAAAUCAAGAUGACUUUACCCCCACC